AUGCACGUGGCGGAUGAAGCUAGUAUACAAGGAAUGUUUUUGACCUACCAUCAAACUAGAGCACGAGCCUCACUCAUCGAGUUAUAUGUUGAGUUCGAAGAAAUUGAAGAUAUUGAUUUUCCGGAACCUAAUAUAGACUGGAUGGGUUAUAAUACCGAAAGUGAUGAAGAGUUUGAAGGUAAUUAUGAAGUUGUUGGUCCAACUGAAGAUGUGGAAGAAGAUGAUAUAUCAGUUGAGGGAGAUGUAGCAGAUGUUGCUAAUGCACUAGUGGAUCAACAUCUAUCAGGACAGCCAUCGUUUAUGCAUACUUUAAAUCUUGAUGCCAUGCAUAUUCCAGAAUUUCCUGAAUAUGUCAAUAGAGUUCCUACUGUUGUCGUAGAUGGUGAGUUCGUCGUUGGAAUGGAGUUUAAUUCUAGAGAAGCUGUGAUUGCAGCAGUUAAAGAAGUUAGUCUUAUAAAAAGACAGUAUUGUUGGGUGAUAAGGAGGUAUGACGGUAGUCACACGUGCAUCAGAUCUACUAUCUCUCAAGAUCAUGCCAAACUGGACUCUGGUACAAUUGCAGAAGCGAUAAAAUCAUUGGUUGAAGCCGACCCAUCUCUAAAGGUGAAAUCUGUAAUUGCUGAAGUGCAGUCGAAGUUCAACUAUACAAUAAGUUAUCACAAAGCAUGGUUGGCCAAACAAAAAGCAGUUGAGAAAAUAUUUGGUGGGUGGGAAGCUUCUUAUGAAGCUUUGCCGACAUGGUUUGAAGCAAUGGUUGCAAAAGAACCAUCAGCAGCUGUUGAGUACGAAACUGCAUAUGCUUACCGAGGAGAUGAGUUGGUUGAGGAUCUCAGGAUUUUGACGCGAGUCUUUUGGGCUUUCUAUCCUUGUAUUAAAGCAUUUAGAAGCUGCAAGCCGCUGGUACAGGUAGACGGCACACACUUGUAUGGAAAAUAUAAAAGGGCUCUUUUGGUUGCAGUAUCACAAGAUGGAAAUGGGAAUAUCGUGCCUCUUGCAUUUGCCAUAGUCGAGGGUGAGACCGCCGAUGCUUGGCACUUUUUUCUUAGCCAUCUACGAACGCAUGUAGUAAAUCGAGAUGGUGUUGGUCUUAUCUCUGAUCGACACGAGUCCAUUAUCUCAGCUGUAGGUCGUAGUGAUGGAGCAUGGCAAUAUCCGAGGGCUAUUCACAUGUUUUGCAUCAGGCACAUCGCUUCUAACUUCUUGAGAAGGUUCAAAGCGCCAGGAUUGCAGAAGCUGAUUGUCAACAUAGGCUAUUCUAGAACAGUCCGUGAAUUCAACAUGUGUUACGAGAGAUAUUGUGAGAGGGGUGUGGCUUACAAGCAGUGGCUCGACAAUAUUCCUCGAUCACAAUAUGCCUUGGCAUAUGAUGAGGGACAUCGCUGGGGACACAUGACCACUAACCUAGUGGAGUGCAUUAACGGAGUUUUGAAAGGAGCACGUAAUCUUCCUGUGACAGCCCUUGUCAAGGCAACUUUUUACAGACUUAAUGCCUUGUUCACAAGGAAGAGGGCCGAGGCUGAGGCUCGUAUAAGUGCAGGUCAUUUAUUCUCUGAGUAUGCAACUGAGAAAAUCCAGUCUAAUCAAACGGCAUCAGGAAAUAUCCAAGUUAAUUUAUUUGAUAGGCAAAACGAAGUUUUUGAAGUACGAGAGAUGCCCAGUGGUUUAGAGUUUGCAGUAAAUCUGCGUCUAAGACAUUGCGAUUGUGGUGAGUUUCAGGUCGAUCGAAUUCCUUGUCGCCAUGUAUUUGCCUGUUGUGCAAACCAGCGCCUAGAUUGGAAGCAGUAUGUGCAUGAGGUAUAUACAAUGGCAGAGAUCCGAAAGGUGUACAGAACCCGAUUCAGGCCACUAGGAAAUCCAACAACAUGGCCUGUGUAUCAAGGACCACGACUAGUACCAAAUCCUCACCUCAGGCGAGUGGCCAAAGGUCGUCCUAAAAAAACACGCUUCUUAAAUGAGAUGGAUGUGCGUGAUUUACGUGGUCCUAGGCGUUGUAGACUUUGUGGUGGUGAGAGUCACAGCCGAAGUAGAUGCCCGCAUCGUGGAGGAGCUAGUGCUAGUGGUUCGGCUCCGAAUGAGUAG